GGGGGGGGAUCCUUGGGCUCACGGAGCUCCAGCCCCAGGCAACCCCAACCCGAGUGUUGGCAGGCCACAUACUCAUAAACCAGGCCUUUGAGGCGACUGCUGUACAGACUGGAGGCCAAGAUGGGUGCUCUUGGCUGGACCCCAGGAGAAGACUCUUCCCACCCCCCACACCCCUACCCCCACCCCAACUCCAGCCUAGCCUGUGUGUGUGUGGAGGACCAGGUCAGAGAGCUGAAAGGCUUGGGCCCAGGGAAGGGUGGGUCCCUCCCAGAAAGGCUCCACCCUCGUCCGGCCCUUAGGUAUAGGGCAAGACUUCCCAGAGCCCCGCCUGGGAGGUGGGACGUGAGGCUCAGUACCGAGGGACACAGACCAGUCGACCUGUUCCACUGGGGCACGCCACUACCGCCGCCCAUGGGGAACAGCCACUGCGUCCCUCAGGCCCCUAGGAGGCUCCGGGCCUCCUUCUCCAGAAAGCCCUCGCUGAAGGGAAAUAGAGAGGAUGGCGCAAGGAAGCUGGCUGGCCUGUUUGGCACCGAGGCCGGUCCUGACGGGGACACCACUGCUGACAAGAUCUUCUACUACGUCCCUGGGACGGACAUCCCAGAUUUGGAGCGCCAGCGAGAAAAUCUAGAGCAGCCGUUCCUGAGUGUGUUCAAGAAGGGGCGGCGGAGGGUGCCUGUGAGGAAUCUGGGCAAGGUUAUACACUAUGCCAAGGUCCGGCUGCGAUUCCAGCACAGCCAGGACAUCAGCGACUGCUUCCUGGAGCUGUUCCCCUGUUACCUGUACUUCCAGGCCCAUGGCUCCAAAGGACUCACCUUCCAGGGGCUGUUACCACUGAUGGAGCUGAGUGUCUGCCCGCUCGAGGGAUCCAGAGAGCAUGCCUUCCAGAUCACAGGCCCGCUGCCUGCUCCCCUUCUCGUGCUCUGCUCCAGCCAGGCUGAGCUGGGCCGCUGGCUGUACCACCUGGAAAAGCAGAUGGCCCUCGUGGGAGGGCUGCAGCACUGCCACUCAUCGCCCCCGCAGGGCCUCCCUGAGGACGAGCUGCCCUGGACUCUGCAGCGCAGACUGACCCGGCUGCGGACAGCAUCGGGGCGUCAGAUGGUGGGUAGUGCCAUCUGUGCCUCGAGGGUCAAGCUUCAGCAUCUGCCUUCACAGGAACAGUGGGACCGGCUCUUGGUCCUGUACCCGACAUCACUGGCCAUUUUCUCUGAGGAAGCGGAUGGGCUUUGCUUUAAGGGGGAGCUCCCACUCAGCGCCAUCCGCAUCAACCUGGAGGAGAAGGGGAAGCAGAUCCGCUCUUUCCUCAUCGAAGGCCGUCUCAUCAACACCAUUCGCGUGCUGUGUGCCAGCUACGAGGACUACAGCCACUGGCUGCUCUGCCUGCAGACGGUCUCCCACGGGGACGGAGCUCCCCCACCGCCUGGCCCUGAGAGCUUCCCAGGGCUGCGGGUGUCCACACAGGUCCCGGGUGGUGGCCGAGGCUCACUCUCCUCAGAUGGACGAACCAGCUGGGGCUCAGGGUGCCCAGCACCCCCGUCCACGCACACCAGCCACUCUCUCCCUGAAUCCUCAGUGCCGUCCACCACAGGCUGCCCCGCCCAGCCUGUGCCUGACCAGGCCAACCCUGGCGGCACCGGCACCAGCAGGCAGAGGGCAGAGCCGAGACGGAGCAGCAGCAGUCGGUCACCCAGGAACAAGGCCCGGGCUGAGGGGCCCGGCCUGGCCACCUCGUUGUUUUUGGACCUGACCAAGCUGAGCAAGCACAGCCCGGAGGGCACCCCCGAGGCCCGAGACCCGCCUCCGGAGGCCCCACGGUCCCCGCUCUAUGCUGAUCCCUACACACCACCUGCUACCUCCUACCACAAGAUCACAGAUGUCCAGGGCCUGGAUGAGUUCCUCAGCGCGAUGCAGAGCUCACUUGGACCUGAGUCCUCGAGCGCAUUCCCCUCGGUCCCUGUGUCUGUGCCUGUCUCUGACCCCAGCUCUGGGCUCUCCGGUCCCCACUUGCUCUCCAAGAAGGGAGCCCUGCAGCCGCGAGCCUCUCAGCGGCACCGAGGCUCUGUCCAGGGCCAGGGUCCACCACCCCCAGACUCCCCUCAGCAUGUCUCCCCUGUGAGAGAAGUCUCACCCGACCCCCUGCUGCCUCCCUCAGGUGGCCAUCCCCUCAGGAGCUAUGACAACAUCUGGGACAAAGCUUCAUCUCCUUCCCACAAGCGCUGGCCCCGCGGAGCACCUGAGGCUGGUGGGGGGCUCAUCCAGUGGAUCUGAUGGCCCCUGGGCCGGCUGGUUCUUGGGACUACCCGCCAGCAUUAACCCAGGAGUGGGGGUCUGCAGCAGAGCUGGGUCUUUCUUUGUAGGGCCACAGGCUGACCAGCAUCCAAUACCUGAACGCCAUCGAAGGCCGAGUCAGUGUCUGACCACAGCAGGGUGCAGGGGUCUCCAGAACUCUGAGUUUCCCUGGGCUCUGGAGGGGCCAGGCAGAGGGCCUCAUACCGAAGAUGGCCUGGUGACACUGCUCAGGUCAGACACAGAUCAGAGCAGGAUGCAUGGAGGGACCAAACUUGAACCAUUCCGCCAGGGAAGACACGGGGAGGCUACUUGGUGCAGGCUUUACCUGGGGGUGGGAGAACAGCGUAGGUGUGAAGGCCAGAGGGCUGAGAAAGAGUAGUGAGGGUCAGAGCACGUGAGGUCAGAGAGCACAAGGGUAGGAGGUCAGCGAAGUCUGAGACAUCACAAGCCCAGGCAGGAGGGUGUUCCGGGCAAAUGUGAGUGGACUGCGGCCGGCUGGGAGAAACUGACAAGAGACUAAACAAGAAAGAUAAAGAUUUUAUUUGUG